GCAUCUGCUGCCACCAAACCGCGUUACUCAACGUCGUACGCUCCUAUGCUCUUGAACAACUAAGUAGAUUGGAUAUUAAUUCCCUGUCACAGCUUUUCAACAUUUUAUUGGGACGAUAGAUAAUAAACAAAUUGUGGUGAAAUUUUCUUGGAAGGUAAAUACACAAAUGAUUAAUUGGGACGAUAUGAUCGACCUAAGUGGACAAUUUUGAGGGAAAAUGAUGCAUUUCCCUAAAAUUUCCUAAAAACCCUUACAUUAAUGAAAUAAAUCUGUUACUUCUGAUUGUAUGAAAGAUGAAUCCUUCAGAGUCUUUACCGCCUGGUUGGGAAAUGCGAUUCGAUUCGAGAACAGGAAGAUGGUAUUUCGUAGAUCAUAACACCAGGUCUACACAAUGGGAACAUCCUGUAACAAAUAAGGCGUAUUCACCUCAACCAACUAGAAAUGUUAAUAUCAAUAGUCAUAAUAAUAAUGAUAAUAAUGGAGACCAAGAUUGUGAACAGCAGGCAGCUAAUGUAAAUAUUUCUAACUGCGAAAGUGUAAUCGCUGAUGUCAUUUCAAAGGCACGUGCUCUACAACCAGAAAUAAAUCGUUUUGAAGGUUCACCUCGGAGUAAAGAGUACCGAUAUCUUAUGGAGAGUAUGGAACAAAUGAUAUUAAAUUUGGAUGCAUUAAACAUGGAUGGAAAUGAAGACUAUAGAUCAAUGCGAAAGGAUGCUGUUAGAGAAAUUCAACAGUUAAUAGAAAUGCUGGAUUAUCGUUCACAGAUUUCUACUACUCAAAAUGGUCAGCAACAAGAAGAAAAAGAACAACAACAACAAUCAUAAAUGGUUAUCUCCUCCGUCUCAUCUUCCCUACCUACACUCUGUGUAUCUUUAAACCAGGCUAUAUUUACUUUACCCUUUACAUUGCUGAAUAAAAUGAAGUUAACUGGUGCACAUAUGUUUAUAUAUACGUCCACGUUAUAUCGCAUAGUUUUUCUUCUGCUUACUACUUGCUUACGAUGCGUUUUUAGGUGUUAAUCUAUUCGGAUUUAAGUUCGGUUUUCUGUGGAAUUUACCGGCCUACAGUUUCGUGCAAACCAUAUCACACUUCAGAUCUCAUCUACAGAAGAUAUAUAUAUAUAUAUAUAUAUAUAUAUAUAUAUACAUG